UGGACGGUUUAAGCCAAUUUAGACUGACGGAGUGUACACUAGCUUUCAACAGCAACGUAUAUUCACAGCGACCGUGCCAUAGAUAAUCGUCACCCACACCUGGUGCUAGGUAGUCUGGACACUCUGUGGAAACAUAGGAAUUCGAUUAAUUUUAUGUGACCACGUAAAGUAUUAAUGUCAAAAAAAACACAAAGAUUUGUGGCGCUGUUUCAAAGUUACCGACAGGCAGUUGAACACUUAACAACGACAAACGUAGAAUGGUAUCUUUUAAUGAAAACUACUAAUUAAGCUUAAGCGUUGUUUACUGUUAAUGAAGCAGGUUAAUUAGGAGACGCUUAUGCCAUAGCGGUUUUUUGACUGGAUAGAGCGUAUUUUUAUGACACGCAUGUCAUCGCGCGUUUAAACACGUAUCUAUAACAGGAGUAUAACUCAGUUGUAAUUCAUAUACAAACGGACGUCAACCUCGUCAACACUCACAUUGAUAGAAAAUGUGGUUAUUUAGGGCACUUUGCCUGAUUAUAAUCGGGAAUAAAGGUAUGGCGUGAUGAAUAUUUACAAUGGAAACCUGAAGACUUCGGUAAUCUGACGGCGAUAAAGAUCCCAUCUAACCUGGUGUGGAUGCCCGACAUAGUCCUCUACGAUAAUGCCGACACUGCGUAUACGCAGUUCCUACAAGACAAAAUAAUAGUUCUCUACCACAACGGAACCUGUAAUUGGGCGUCGCCAAUCAUCGUUAAAUCUCACUGUAGACUAAACGUUAUGAAUUUCCCGUUUGAUGAUCAGAAAUGUAAGAUGAAAUUUGGACCGUGGCAGCAUGACGGAAAUGAAGUCGUAAUGACCUCUGGCCAAGGAGACGAUUCGGUGUUCAAUAGUGACGGUGAAUGGGACAUGGUUGGUAUGAACUCCUCUUCAAACCUUCAAUCGUACCCGGAUGCACCUGGUAUUACUUACACCGAUAUUGUAUAUACGUUAUACUUCCGGCGGAGGUCAAUGUAUUAUGUGUUCAACCUGGUGUUGCCCUGUAUUCUCAUCUCCUCAACCACGGUGCUUUGUUUUCUUCUUCCCGUGGAUUCCGGAGAGAAAAUAAGCUUAACGAUCACCGUUCUGUUAUCGUUAACGGUUUUCCUGCUUUUGAUUGCGGAAUCAAUGCCGCCCUCUAGUGAAGUACCGAUUAUAGGAAAGUAUUAUGCUGCAACGAUGCUUCUGGUAUCGAUAUCAAUGGCAAUGACGAUAAUUGUCUUAAAUCUUCACUACAGAGGUCCGAUGUACUCUCGAGUUCCGAAGUGGGCUAAGAUCCUAUUCCUAAAAUACCUAGCUAAAAUUGUCUGCAUAAGAGUUACUAACGCAACAAUGUCCUUAAAUAUCUCGAAAGACUCUUUUCUGCGGAACAGCGACAUCAGUGAGGAGUCUGGCUCGUUGAUGGAGAUGGUGUUCCUCGACGGCCAGAUUGACGGAUCACCAAUAAACGGCUUAAAGAAGCUUAAGAAAAACUUAACGAAGUUAUCGCCAUGUUGCACGGAGCAGAUCGCCGUUAUGCGGUUGCUGUUGCAGGAAGUUAAAAAAGUUACAAAAAGGUUCGACAAGGAGGACAGCACAGAGGAAAUGAAAAACGAGUGGAAACAGAUUGCCAUGGUGAUGGACAGGAUUUUUAUGGUUAUAUACUUGGUCUGUACAUCCAUGACAGUGUGGCUGAUAAUGAAGAGGAUUCCUCACUCAAACGGGUGAUUCUAUAUUACCCAAAGUGUUUAUAACCGGAAGAUUGUGUUCAAAUAAUUUUGUAUUAUGCAUAGAUUGAUAUCAAAUUACCAGACGGUCGUUACUAUUGUUAAAAGAAUUUAUAAUUAUAUGACAAAUAAAAUGCAGUAAAGUAUACAAGAAUAAUAAGGCAGGCCGAACCAUUUAUUAUGUCUUUUCUGCAAGCAACUUAUAUUUUGGGUGGUUGUAGCAGGGAACAACUAUAGUUUUAGUAAAGCAUUAACGGCGCAUUACCGGUAAGAUCGAGAGUAGCGACGGACCUAAGAGCAACAUAUCGAUUUGGCACUUUGCAUUUAGUAAAAUGUACUUUCAACGUGAUUUCGUCAUUUCUUUGCAUGGCGCUUACAAUUUUAUCUGUUCAAAUAAUCAUUCCAAACUAUGCCAGACAAGAUGCUGUUGUCGGACAUUAAACAAGAACAACAAUAUCGAUGUAAAGAAGUAUGGAGUUGCAACAUGCCGUUUAAAAGCAUGCAUCCACGUACCAACAUUUUUUUUUUUAAUUUGUUAAAUUAUGUGGCAUUUAUUACGUGUGGUGGAGGUCUAUCUUACUUGGCUUCUUGGGCGUUAUUGUUAAUGUUUAACAAGCAACCGUCACAACAUCAACAGAUCAGUGACAACACGGUUGUUAUUGUCAUUUUAUGUGGUCUUCAACACGAAUAAACAAGACACUGCUUCCUGAUUAAA